AGCGGGAGACGGCGGUCCCGCCCCCCUGACAGCGCCUCGAGCCGCCGCCGCGAGAGCAUCCUCCGCCCAGAGCCGCUCCCGCCGCCACAGCCGCCCCCCAGCCGCCGCCGCCGCCGCCGCCUCCGCCGAGGGAAGGGAAGCGUAUCGUAUGUCCGCUAUCCAGAACCUCCAGCCCUUCGACCCCUUUGCGGAUGCAAGUAAGGGUGAUGACCUGCUCCCGGCCGGCACUGAGGACUACAUCCAUAUAAGGAUCCAGCAGCGCAACGGCAGGAAGACCCUCACCACAGUCCAGGGCAUCGCGGAUGACUACGAUAAAAAGAAACUGGUGAAGGCCUUCAAGAAGAAAUUUGCCUGCAAUGGAACUGUAAUUGAGCACCCCGAGUAUGGAGAAGUGAUUCAGUUGCAGGGUGACCAGCGCAAGAACAUCUGCCAGUUCCUCGUGGAGAUUGGACUGGCUAAAGACGACCAGCUGAAAGUCCACGGGUUUUAAGUGCCCGUGGGCCUCUGGAGCUUUAUGCAAGAAGAUUUCCUUACCAUGAAAUUCCCACCUGUCCCUUGUCAUAAGUUUAAAAGCAGCCGGUUUGUGUAAUGUAACGAUCUUGGGUCCACUGUUGAGUCUGGACUGGUGUAACUGGUGAUGUAAUAAACUGACACGAGCCCAUGCUA